AAAAAUUUUCACACUGAUCCUCCGUAGUUCCCCAUACGCGGCAUAGUGUACCCUUGAACCGAAAUCGUAUAUAAACACGGAGCCGCCCCGGUUUAUACCCCCUCUCACUCUGCUUUCUUCCUAAAUCCCUUCUUCCACGUCCGCUCACGCAUACGUGUAUCCAUCUUUGAAAGUAGAAAAACUGAAAUUCUCGUCCGAGUCAUACCCUGCGCGUCUAAAGUGCAACUUUCCGGGAUAGAACAUAGAAUUCCACGUCACAUUUCAUAGAUGACCAUUGUUUGAAAACUCUUUUGCAAUACCACCCACACUAAUUUCCUUGCUCACACUUUGCAAGUCAUCCGUUUUUGUUUAUUUUUGAUCUCAUAGCCACAAAACAUGUCCUGGACCUCCCAAGAUAAACAAGCCAAGGACAUUUUCCUUGUGCAUUCCCAAUUCAACGAUGUGCACAACGAAAAAACCUUGGCCAUCGACCAGUUUUUGGCUAUUUUGGACCCACUGAACGUGUCCACGCACUAUGAAUCAGCUAUCAACUUGCAGACCUUUGGUUUGUUAUUCUUGGCGGCCGAUUCCAACCAGAAGGGUUAUCUCAACCUUAGCGACUGGCUCCUGUUCACCCGCACCCUUAACGACAAGGACGGCGAGUUUCACUUGUUGUACAAGUUCUUCAGCAAGACCCAUGAGUUGCCCUUCAAGAGCUUCGUGCAAUCCAUCGGCGACUUCAACAAGAAAAUCGAGGUCUCCAGUGACACUCAGCAGUCGUUGCCGUUUGACUGGUCGCAGAUCAAGCAGACUUUGAACCACGACCAGGUUCUCUCAUACAACGACUUUUUGGUCUUGUUGAAGAGCUUGCCGCAGGAAAAAUUGAAGCAGAACUUCCAGAGCUUGCAGAACAAGUCUUCGCUCUCGCAGGAUGCGCUUUUGUUGAUUUUGAAAGAAAACUUCGGUCACGACAAGGUUUCCCAGAGCUUGUUGACCGAGCAGUUGCCUAAGCUCUUGCCGACGUUCUUCGCCAAGGAUAACUACUCCUUCAGCGACCUCUCGGUGGUGGUUAACGCGUUUCAGAGCUUUGACCUCGUCAACGCUUUGGUUCACGACAGUGGGAAACAAUCCUUCACCCGUGACGACUUGCACGCGUUGGUUAACAACCCCGUGAGCGCCACCUUCAACUCCUCCACCAUUACCCCUCGCGAAAUCGACUUUAUUUACGAUUUAACCAGCUUGAACGCCUCCGGCGCCUCUUCUCUCACCAAGGAAGUCAUCACCCAGACCUUGAACCCAGAGUUUGCCAACCGCGCGAGCAUUUUGCUGUUCCGCAAAGCGGCCCCCGCCGUUGCGAAGAAGCCGGAAGCCCACGCUAAUAUUAAUCCGAUCUUAGUUUCGGCGUACAACUUUGGUUUAGGGGCGGUUGCCGGUUCCAUCGGUGCCACCAUGGUCUACCCGAUUGAUUUGAUCAAGACCAGAUUGCAGGCCGAGAGAUCCAUUUCGAAGUACAAGAACUCGUUUGACUGCUUUGCCAAGGUUUUCAAGGCUGAGGGGUUCAGAGGUCUCUACUCCGGGUUGGGCCCACAGUUGAUCGGAGUGGCGCCUGAGAAGGCUAUUAAGUUGACCGUCAACGACUUGGUGCGCAAGAUGGGCACCAAUCCGGUCACCAACCAGAUCAGCGUGCCGUGGGAGGUGUUGGCUGGUGCCUCUGCUGGUGCCUGCCAGGUUGUGUUCACCAACCCGUUAGAAAUUGUCAAGAUUCGUUUACAGAUGCAGGGUAACGUGAAGAACUUGGCCCCUGGCGUCCAGCGCAUGUCUGCCGUUCAAAUCGUGAGACAUUUGGGCUUGUUCGGGUUGUACAAGGGUGCCAGUGCCUGUUUGUUGAGAGAUGUGCCGUUCUCCGCCAUAUACUUCCCUACCUACAACCACGUGAAGUCCGGGUUGUUUGGUUUUGAUCCGAAUGAUUCCACCUCCACCUUGGCUAUCUGGGAGUUGUUGGUCAGUGGUGCCUUGGCUGGGAUGCCGGCCGCUUACUUGACCACUCCAUGUGAUGUUAUCAAGACCCGUUUGCAGGUGGAAACCAAAACCACGGAAACCGCUUAUCGUGGUAUUGCCCAUGCGGCUAAGACGAUUUUGCGCGAAGAAAAGUUCUCUGCCUUCUUCAAGGGUGGUUUGGCCAGAGUUUGUCGCUCGUCUCCGCAGUUUGGUUUCACCUUGGCGUCCUAUGAGUUGUUCCAGGGGUUGCUCCCGUUGGAGAAGCUUGUGGGUCAAACAAAUUCUGCCUCAGUCACCGCCAACGGCGCUAACUUGACGCAAUUGGCCACCGCCGAGUCUCCAGCUGUUCAGGUCCCAACUAUUGCCGUGGACAUUCCGUUGAACUACCACUACAAAUCGAAGCAGGCGGUUAAGAUGUUGUUGGACAUUAACCACAACUUUGCCAACUUCAACUACGAAGCCUAUGCGCCAAAGUACCUUUCCAGGAAGUAAGGCAAACACAUGGGAGAGAUUCUGCUCGAAGGAGAUUCUGCCCGAAUGCUAGCCCUGCGUAACGUGUUAUGUUACAGUGAUUGUGCGCAGUGGUUCUUUAUUUCAUGACUUAUGAUUGUUUCUGUUUACUUUCCUUCUGCCAAAUACAUCUUGAUACAAAAUAGUGACAGCACUAGCUGCAUAGAGUAAAUAAGUGUGGUUAGGAUUGAGCGUGAUAUGUUUGACGUUAGACCCUGCAAUAGAGAAGCAAAACUGUUUCCAUCUCCGGAGCAACGACGGACACGAUUGCGGGGGCUAUAGACAAGUCAGCUUCCUGAUUGGCCGACGUGGAAUGCCGUCGUUAGAAUGCUCGUAGACUGUAGCCCACAGGCAGUCCCUUGAUAUCCUUACACUAAAAAUCAAGCUCUGAUUCUUAUGCGCUCAAGCAAUAAAUUUCGAC